AAUUCGGAGGAUGUUCGGUGUAAAUGUAUUUGUCCUCCCUAUAAAGAUAUUCCUGGACAUAUUUAUAAUAGGAACAUAUCCCAAAAAGAUUGCGAUUGCCUUCAUGUUGUGGAGCUCAUGUCUGUAAGGGAGCCUGACAUAGAAGCAUACUGUCUGCGCUGUGAAUGCAAAUAUGAGGAAAGAAGCUCUGUAACAAUCAAGGUUACCAUUAUAAUUUACCUGUCCAUUUUGGGUCUUCUACUUCUGUACAUGGUGUACCUUACUCUGGUUGAGCCCAUACUGAAGAGACGCCUGUUUGGACACUCACAAUUAAUACAGAGCGAUGACGAUGUUGGGGAUCACCAGCCAUUUGCAAAUGCCCACGAUGUGCUGGCCCGCUCCCGCAGUCGAGCCAAUGUGCUGAACAAGGUAGAGUAUGCCCAGCAGCGCUGGAAGCUUCAAGUUCAAGAGCAGCGGAAGUCCGUCUUUGACCGUCAUGUUGUCCUCAGCUAAUUGAGAAUCAAAUUCGAGGUAACUAGAAAGCAACAAUGCAGGCAACUGGAAAAAAACUGACUGAUUUUUCCUGGGUUUUGUUUUCACACCCUAUUGAUUUCACCAACUCUUGCUGGAAAAUUCAAAACCCGAAACAAAAACGUGCUUGGAAUUUUUUUCUUGUUAACAUAUUAAUAGAGACAUUUUUUAAAGCACACACCAAGCAUACACGCCAAUAAACCUUAUCCUAUUUGUGACAAAGUACAUCUGCCUAUAAAUUACCUUGAAGUCCUUUACCUGGAACAGGCAUUCUCUUUUUUCACCACACAGUUUUAACUUGGUUUUCAAGAUAAUUUUCAGGUGGUUUUGUUUUUUUGGCAGGGGAGGGAAGGGAUGUGUGGGAACUGCUUAACAUAACUUUCUCAAGUCACUUUACUAAAAAAACUUUUGUAAAUAGACUUUAUCUUAUAUUUUUAAGUUUCAUUUCUAUAUUGCAGUGUGGCCAGCCGCAUCAAAGCCCUGACUUAUCCUUUUUGAAUUUUGCACUGACUGUCUUUAGGUAUCUGGUUGGCCAGCAGCUGUACUUUAUGGUAAACUAGGUCUGAAAUGCCUGGUGCCUCUUCACAAAAUGCAGAUUUUCUUUUAAGUACUGUGAUGUGUGAUGCAGUGCAUCCUAAAACAAACUGGCCACUUUCUAGUUUACUCUAAUGACUAAACAUAGUCUUGGCAUGAGUGGUCUUUCUCAUCCCCUAAUAUCUUUAGGAUGAAUCCUAAGGACUUGGAUACUUGCAAUAAAGAAGUUUUCUUUUAAACCAAGCCAUGGAUUGAUGACAUACACAUACUGUCAGCAUUUUUGGUCAGGUUGAGAGGGAGCUUCUUUGAGCUGUGGUGUGUGCUGCUUGAACAAGUAAUGGAGUUCUGUGUGCCUCCCUCUGCAGGGAUAACAGUCACUGGAUAACUGGCUUUUUUCUUCCUAUGUCCUCUUUGGAAUGGAACAAUAAAAAUAAUUUUUGAAAAACCUA